GUAAUUGUGCAGGACUGUGCACUCCCUGGAAACGUGUGUUGCAGAUAGCAAGCGUGCAUAAUGAAAGAUGAGCGACCGAGUUGAUUACAAGCCAGCACGAUAAUGACGAUAAUAUGAUAAGAUGGCAUAAUUUGCAUAUCUUAAAGUCAUGGAAUUUCUCUGAAUUCUCGAGAAUUACAGGGUACCAUCUGGUAUUACGCGAACGUUUCAAUUUGGCUAAUUCAAAAUUCAAGUGUAACAGAACAUCUGGAUACCGGUAGCACAAUGCACGUCCCCUUGUCUCUCUAGAUUGCCGCGUUGAACGAGGAUCUUUGUUGCGGUGCGAAGUCUGGAUUAUUAAAAUUAUUACAAUUAAUAAAUUACAAUUGAUACAAUCAAAUAAAAUUAUUCUCUGCAAAUAAUUCGCUUGCAACAUUAGACUAGAAUUGUAACAAUAACAAUCGCGUAUGACACACGACUCCACAAUCGCGAAAUGACGAGAGAACGAGAUAUCGUGCCGAAUUUUCACCUGCGGGUGAGCCUGUCGAUCAUCCGUUUCCUCGGCAUGUGGCUACCACUCUCGAGCAACUACUGGGCUCUGUUUCUGGUCUACACCGUCUGCAGCUUCAUCUUUAUCCUGGGUAUCCUGCUCGCCGUCGAGAUAGCGAACGUGUUCGUCUACUGGCCGGACCUGUCGAGGAUCAUCGCAGGCGUGCCUAUACUCAUGACCAACUGCGUUCACGCUUCCAAGACGAUCAUCGUUCUUCAUCGCCAGAAGCGGAUUCAAGCACUCCUAGACACAGCCAACAGCCUCAGUCGGGAUGAGCUACAUCAGGACUUGCUCAGGGAGUACACAUGGAAAGGCCUUUUCCAUCACGCUGUCUAUCAGAGCUUCGGUGCGGUCGCGGUCUUCUGCUGGGGCUUCACUCCCAUUUCCGAUUUGAUCGCCGGUCGCUCACGCCAGUUGCCGAUGGAGGGAUGGUACCCUUAUAACACGACAACGUCGCCGGCUUUCGAGAUCACCGCGGCGCACCAGGGCAUCGCCAUCUCAAUCGCUUGCUUCCACAACGUGGCGAUGGACACGCUGAUCACCGGCUUGAUCACAGUUGCCUGUUGCCAGUUGGCGAUCUUGGAGCGGAACAUUCUCUCGAUUGAUAAUGAGAAAAUUGUUUGUGUAGUUCAGAAUGAUAUUCAGGAUGAUCAAGGCAACUCGGACGUGCCCGAGGGAACGUUGUCGCCUAAUCAGCAGCUCAAGCGAUGCGCUAUGCACAACAAUCUGAUAUAUAAUUUCACGAGGGAGAUCCAGGACAUCUUUGGCACCAUCAUCUUCUUUCAGUUUCUCUCGAACUGUCUAAUUAUUUGUUUGAUCGCCUUUAACGUGUCGCAGAUGAAAGUUUACAUCCCGGAGGUGUUGAUCGGUAUGCUAACGUACAUGUGCUGUAUGACGUAUCAGAUAUUCAUCUUCUGCUGGCACGGUAAUGAGCUGCAUCUCCACAGCCUGCGCCUUGCCCUGGCCGCGUACUCGAGCAACUGGUUCGCCGGCACGGAAGGAUUCAAGCGCAGCCUGCAGAUCGUCAUGGUGCGGUCUCAACGUCCGUUAACAAUGAGCGCCGGUAACAUCAUGCUGCUGUCUUUAGAUACUUUCGUACAGAUACUCCGGAUGUCCUACUCCAUUUUUACGGUACUUCAAAGUUCGACCGAAUAAUAUAUAUAUAUAUAUAUAUUAUAUCGCUUAACGAAUUCGCCAGAUUAACAUCAGAUUCGGUAGUUGUAUACAUUUUUUUUCCCCCGAGAAUGGAAAUAAAUUAUAAAAAUUUCAGAGAAA